AUGAGGAACAUUAGUUCCUUAUGGCGAAGGGUUGCCAUCGGCGUCAUCGUCCUGGCAAGUUCCAUGUCCAAUGGCUCGGAGAACGCAGCUGCCGCCUCCGACAACGUCACCUCAAACGUCACGACUGGAGCCGUGGCGUCAUCAGCCACCAACUACAACCCGGCCGAUGUCGGUCUGUACGGCGCCUAUCCGCCCAUGCACCCUCUGCUGAGCCUUGUUCUCUUCGGCAUGACAGGCUGGGGAAACAUCUUCCUGUGUGCCGUCGGUAUCAUCGACAUCGUCUGGAUACUGCUCUACGCCCCGACUGCCAUUUACAGCGUGGAACACGGGGAGUUCCCCGGCGAGUGGUGGUGCAUGGCGCAGGGAUUCUUUAUCCCUUUCCUGGGCACCCUCUCGGCCUGUCUGCAGACGGGCAUGUGGGUCUGCCGAUACAUACAGCUCGCCUUUCCGCUCCAGUACCCCUCAAUGCUGACCAACCGCCGCACCGCCAUCGGCAUAGUCACCUGCAUCCUCGUUGCCCUGACGCCACCUCUGGUGCAAGUUGCCCGUCUAGGAGCCGUGCGGCUGUGGAUAGCGGACGUGGUCUCCGCCGACAUCACAGCGCCCGUGAGCCUGAUGGUGCCCUGCGCCAUGGGAGGCCCGGAGAUGUGGGCCAGCCUCUGCCUGACCGUUUGCGCCGUGUUCACCAGCUGCUUCCUCUGUGGCCUCGUCAACAAGGUGGUGAAGGACGUCGUGGACAACAACGCCGAACUGACCGGGGUCGUCAACGACCAGUUCCAGCACAAACGGAAGGCCGCGAAGACCUUCACCAUCAUAUUCGUCCUACAGUUGGUGACGUGGCUGCCGGCCGGGGCUGUCGGCAUCCUGACAUGGGCUGGCAUCCUCUCCCUCUUCUCACGCGUGGUCGCCAUCAUCGCGGACAUCUUCCACGUCUUCAUGAUGACCAGCACGUUUUCGGACUCCAUAAUUCUACAUCUACGCAAACGCGUCUAUAGCCGCGCAGUUCGGAAGAUGUACGAGCAGAUCAUGAAGCGGUUUCGGCCAGACGUCGAAAUCAGCAACCGGCUGCCGCAAGACAUCCCGAUGCGCACAAUGCGUACUGAGAACUCUUAG